GAUAGUGAAGACUAUGCUGAUGAACUCAAUGACUUGCCUCGUGAGUGCUCGUAUGAGAGCGAUAACGCCGAUAGUCCCUGGUCACAUCCGAACCGAUGGGAAGGACAGAUGGCCGUCCCUAUGAUCUAUCUCUCGCUGAUCCACGCCAUAUUCAGACACGGUCCGAACCACUGGCCCUCCACCAUGACUUUGUUCUUCAACGCGCUGAUUGACGAGGAUAACUUAACCAGCUCGCUUCCCCGAUUCGGUAUUACGGAACCACGCCAACUGCUGUAUCUCUGCCAUCUGAUUGGCCCCACCGUGGGGAGCAUGUCGAGUGUACCCUUGAGUGUAAAGUGGGCAUCCCACACGAAUGAUUACCAGGAGCACUACUCUCUGGGUCUGCUCUUCAUGCAGCUGAUGCGGGCCUUUGUGCAGGUGAACAAUGCGGUUGUAGCACGACAUGGAACGUAUGUGCUCCCGUGUACAGCCACUUCUCGGGUCAUCAAUUUCCUGUAUUAUAUAAAGUACCACUACGCUUUUGAGAGCUUCGUGUGGGACGAUGCGCAGCAAAUGAUACAACUGUUCGAUCCCCCCUUGCGGCUGCAGCUGCGUUUCCUUCGACGAUCGUCGCCAUAGCAAUAUGUCUAUGGAUGGCCUUCUUUCUGGUCUCCUCUAGGCUGUUAAUGCCGCGUAUAGUAUAUGUCGGCCCUACCUAUGCAGAGUUAUCUGUAUCGCUGAGUAUGGAUACAGCUACGGCACCUACAUACAAUGGAAUGACUAAAAUGAGCGCAUCGCAUGAACGAGCUACAAUGGAGUUUUUUGCACGAGUUGACCAAUCAUUCCGAAAGUCGCUGCCGUUAUCUCUGACUGCGAAAUUACUAUAGGAAUACACGAUCAUCAAUAUACACUCAUCGAGCUUUACUGGACAUGUUUCUUAAUCGAUAA